GUUCUACUCAAGAUGCUUCCUGAUUACUAUAGACAUGUAAAGGAACAUGACAACACACUCAUAACAAAAGUAUUUGGGCUGCACAGGAUAUCACUGAAACGUGGAAAAAAGGUACGCUUUGUAGUCAUGGGGAAUAUGUUUUGUACGGAAUUAAGAAUACAUCGCCGUUAUGAUUUGAAAGGUUCUUCUCAUGGGAGAUUUACAAAGAAAGAUCGUAUUGAUGAGACGACGACAUUAAAAGACCUCGAUUUGAAAUAUGAGUUUCAUAUGGACAAGUUAUUACGUGAGGCACUUUUCAAACAAUUAUCUUUGGACUGCAGAUUUUUAGAAUCUCAGAACAUUAUAGACUAUAGCCUUCUAUUGGGGUUACAUUUUAGAGCUCCUGAGAAUCUGAUAUCUCUUUUACAGCCACCUGAUUCUCUAGACAAUGUAGAAACUAAUCCUGAGCAUGAAGGUGGGAUAUCUCAGGGGGAGCUCUCAAUUCCACCAAGGGGUUUGAUUUUGGUAACUCAUGAACCCAGUUCUGUCAGCACUACGCCAGGUCCUCAUAUAAGAGGAAGUACUCUAAGAGCCAUGUCCGUUGGUGACAAGGAGGUUGAUCUUCUUGUCCCGGGUACUGGAAGGUUAAGGGUACAAUUAGGUGUAAACAUGCCAGCCCAAGCAAACCAAAAACUCAUGCAGGAUGAGACAGCUUCAGUACAAGUUGAACUUUUUGAGGUAUAUGAUGUUGUUCUAUAUCUGGGAAUAAUUGAUAUACUGCAGGAAUACAACAUGAAAAAGAAAUUGGAGCAUACCUACAAAUCAUUGCAAUUUGAUCCCAUGUCGGUCUCUGUAAUUGAACCCAAGCUUUACUCGAAACGUUUCAUCAAUUUCUUGGAGAAAGUGUUCCCUGUUGAGCCAUGAAAGCUCUUUUAACUUGCAAAUAUUUCUUCUCUCUCCUGCUGAGGCCCUCUGGUUUCUUGGUUAGAGCUAGAUGGAAAACAAGCUUUUCAUGAUUCAUUGAAGAGCAAUUUUAUCACCACUCAAAGUGUUUUAUUCCAUUCCACUUAAUGUACUACAUAGUUUUUCUGUACAGUGGCACCUAACAGUUUUGUAGCUAAAGAAGUCUUUUCUGUUUUAAUUUUUCUUAAAGAUUUGAGCUUUGAGCUUUGA